UGAGGAAAUUCUGCAGGUCUGAUAUUCCAUUGAUCAGUCGAAGUUAAAUGUGCACUGCAAUAAUCCGCCUCUUGAUCCUCGUUAUGUCAGUAAUUGCACUGAGUUUCGGCGGUGAACCGGCGGCUGACGGAGGAAGCUGUGGACCAUCGUAUCCGGCGAAGUUCGAGGUUGGAUUGGUUGUGGACGAGCGAUCUCCGGUGGGGAAGGUUGUGAGGAAGACAGUUGAAAUGGCAGUUGAUGAGUUUUACGGUAUAAAUACUGAUUAUGAAACCAAGAUUAAUCUUCACCUACGGAAUUCCUCCGGCGACCCAUUGCUUGCUUUCGCCAACGCUGUAGACCUUUUGGAGAAUGUUAAGGUGGGGGCAAUUAUUGUACCAGAAUUGUGGAAUGAGGUGACACUUUUUGCCAGGCUAAGUGAUAAAGCUAGAGUUCCCAUGUUUUCUUUUUCUUCAGUACUGUCCCCAAAUGCAUAUCCUUAUUUUGUUCAAAUAUCUCAAGAUGAGGAUACAGGACUGGAAGGCAUUGUUGCAUUCGUAAAAAGAGCUAAUUGGAGCAAUGUCGUACUUAUCCAUGAUGGAACCGAGUAUGGGAUGAAAGAUCUCUCCCGCAUGAUUGAUCUCUUCCAAGAGGGAUCAUUGGGAUUCAAACCUUACAUUCCAGCAUCAGGCAAGCUUCAAAAUUUCACUUUGAAGUGGCUUAGAAAGUCCAAUAUAGAAGCUUCUAUGGAGUUGAAUGUAUUUGGUUUAUGGGGAUAUGAUGCAGUAUGGGCACUAGCAAUGGCCAUUGAAAAGGCCGGGAAAAGAAUCCCUCCAACUGAAGAACGAUGCAGGGACCUCCUGAAUUUGACAAGCAUUGCCAUUUCAAGUGAUGGUAGCUCAUUAGUACUAGAGGAGGUAUUGAAUAGCAGGUUUGUAGGUUUGUCUGGUGAAUUUCAAUUUCAGAAUGGGAAACUUGCUUCCAAAACAUGUGAAGUAGUAAAUGUUAUAGGCCCCGGUGGGAGAAGAGCUGGGUUUUGGACUAUGGGUGUUGGAUUCACCAUUCAAACACCCUCAAUGAAUUUUUCUAGUGACCUUGAUUCUAUUAUUUGGCCAGGGCCAUCUUUGACUAUUCCAACGAGAGAUUGGCUGGGUAAAAUGCUUAGAGUUGCUGUACCUUGGAAGCAGGUGUUUAAGGAAUUUGUACAAGUCCAUCAUGAUGUUAGAUCAAAUACAACUAGUAUUAAAGGCUUUUCUGUGGAUGUGUUCCUUGCUGCCGUUGAGAGCUUAUCCUAUGAACUAUCCUUUGAAUUUGUCCCAUAUUUGGUUGUGGAUGAUAAUGGAACGCGACAUUCCAAUUACAAUGAGCUUGUUUAUCAGCUCUACCUUCAGAAAUUUGAUGUUGUCGUGGGAGACAUAACUAUCACUUCAAAUAGAUCAUCGUAUGCGGACUUUGCAAUGCCAUAUACUGAUCUUGGAGUUGGAACCGUAGCAAGAUUGAGCAAUACAGGACCAUGGUUCUUCUUGCAACCGUUCAACAUAGAUCUAUGGAUGAUGAUAGCAGGUUCCUUCAUUAUGACUGGUGUUAUUGUUUGGAUGAUUGAACACGAAAGGAAUGAAGAGUUUCAGGGUUCACUGGGUCAGCAAAUUGGAACAGUGUUGUGGUUUGCCUCUUCAACUCUUGUUUAUGCACACAGAGAAAGAUUAGUAAGUAAUUGGUCAAGAUUUGUAGUAAGUGUCUGGUUGUUUGUAGUGCUCAUAAUCUCUUCGAGCUAUACAGCAACACUAAGUUCACUUUUGACUUUGGAACGGAUCAAAUUUGCAAAAGGGGACUAUUUAGGUUACCGCUAUAUUUCAGAAGGAGUUGUUUUUAACAACACGAAUUUUGCUGACGCCAGGCUUAGACGCUACCACUCUCCUGAAGAUUAUCGCGAAGCUUUGUCAAGAGGUAGUGAGAAGGGUGGUGUUGGAGGUAUAAUGGAUGAAAUUCCUUAUCUCAAGUGCUUUCUUGCUAAGUAUCCAUCAGAAUAUGCACUGGUUGGAACUGCACCAACUACAAAUGGCUUUGCUUUUGCGUUUCAGAAGGGUUCAGCCUUGGUCCCAGAGAUCUCAGAAGCCAUUGUCAGGCUUAGAGAAGAAGGAAAGCUUAAAGAGUUGGAGGAUAAGUGGUUCAAGAAUCAGUCAUCUUUGUUGCCUCUUGCCAAUGCAGGGACUCAACUCAAUACCCUGAGCCUUGAUAAUUUUCGAGGAUUGUUUCUUGUAAGUGGGACUUCGAAAGCUAUUGCUUUCAUUGUGUUUACUAUUUUUGCACUAAACAAAAAGCUAUCCAUCUAUCAUCAUAUUCUUAAAAUUGCCUUGGGAGGGAACUUAGCUUUUAUGAUAAGGUAUCUCUUGCCUGCAAAUGCAAUUGAUGGCAUCAAUGCAUGACGAUCCGUAUGCAUCACAUGCAGGAGCCAAACUUGAAAUUUCUGCACUGCUACUUGGAAUCCUUUAAUGACAUCCUCAUUCAUGUGAGGCCAAAAAGAAGAUGAUUUGUAGGUGAAUUGGUUCUUUAUUUCCUUUCACCCAAGGCCAAUGCCAAUGCCAAAGAAGAAGAUGAUGUCUAAGAGCUUCUUUUUCCAAAAACUAUGUUGUUUAUAUUGCAAAUCUUCAGACUACAAGUGAAGAUACAAGUUACAGGAUACUAAUGAUGAUCUCUGAUUCUUGUCACACUUUAAUUUUCUUCAUUCAAUUUUUUUUGGAUUUUUUGUGUUUUUUGUGUUUUUUUUUUUUUUUUGGGUCCAUGAUGAAAAUAUUUUAUUUCAGUAGAUAACAAAUGUGAGCAACAGUUCAUUGAUGUAUAUAUAAUAUACAGUAGUAGAAAAGUUUGUGAUUUUUUAA